AUGACAUAGUAGCUGGUAUGAAAUGGAAAGCCGGUCAAACCUUUUUCGUACAUACGCAUGCAAUCCAAAUGAACCCUAAACAUUGGCCUGAACCCGAAAAAUUUGACCCUGAUAGAUUUAUGAAAAAUUCUAUCGAAAAAAAUACCUUAAUUCCAUUUGGUGGCGGUGUUAGAAUGUGUCCUGGAAGACAUUUAGCUGAGACAGGACUUAAAGUCUUAAUGGUUUUAGUAUUUAGAAAUUUUGAUGUUAGUUUAGUAAACCCAGAUGCUCCUCUUCAUAAAAUAUAUUCGCUUGCAAACCAUUGCGAAAAAUUACAA